GACAACAUGCUAACUGCCCUCUCAGUAGCCCGUGAUUGCGAGAUGAUCGACGAAUUGGAUCGCGUUAUUUUGGUUUCUGCUCAGCCACCGCCCCUCUCAUCGCCCAAAUCGGAGCAUCUGCGGCGCGUAUGUUCCUCUCAUAUCCAGCUAGAUGCAACAGCUACUGGUAAACUUUAUUCUAACGGGGUCGGAAUUAAGGCGAAUGAACCAGGCUCGAUCCAAAACAUCACCAGCGUAAAUGAAGAUAAUCAGAGAUCUAGCGACGCUGUCGGUAGUGGUUGUGAUGCUAUUCGGUCGUCUUCUACUUUUGCUCCGCUAGAUAACGCCGGAUAUCCGGGAGGCGAUACAAUUGUCCCGGUGAAUUAA